AUGGUCCCUCCCAGUUUGGCUGAGGCUGCUGCAUGGGAUUUUGCAAAUGAAAACAAAAUUGAGAUGGUUGUUAUUAACACAACAAUGGUUGUUGGACAUCUCUUACAACCAGAGGUUAAAGAAAGUGUUAAACCAAUUCUAGACUUAAUAAAUGCUAGCGGAAGAUAUUGUUUGCUAGAGAGAAUGGUACACUGUUCACAACUUGCUCAGAUUUUACAUGAUCUGUACCAAACAUUACAAAUUUUAGACAAUUGUGAGGAUGAUGAGCCAUACAUGCCAUUGUAUCAGUUUUCUAAGGAAAAUAUUAACAGUUUGGGAAUCGAGUUUAUUCCUUUAGAAGGAUGUAGCUACAAACAAGGUCUGUCGCUAAAGCAUAUAACUACAGGAACUGUCCGUAGAUCAGAUGUGUCCAGACCAGUGCAAGCCUACGAUACACUUCCAAUUCCCACCCUUGGAUCUUCAUGUGAUGAAGUUGAGCUUGAUAUUGAUAAGAGAGAGGAUGAAGAAGAAUUGGAAGAGGGAGGUGGAGAUAUCGACAAGGAUGAUGAGGAUGAAUAA